CGAAGUCAAUCAUUGGAAACGACGCCAAGCCAAGCUUGUGAUCCGUUGUCCUUGGACGAGUUGGGACGAGGAUUGGCUCGACGAUACCUCCACGAUGCUCGCUUGCGUCUCCUUCGUACUCGUUCUAGCAUCCACCGUGUGGGGCAACGCGACGGCAACUACAAACACGUCGGGUUGCUCCGACAAUCUUUUGUUUAGCCUUCAACCAACCUUUUCACUCGGCCCUAUCUCUAUGCGCACCUUCAUCAAGGACACCACCCUCUGCGCGCAAGUGAUUUUUCCCAACGCGGCAACGGUCCGAUGGGUGUCGGUGGGGUUUUCCUUGACAAAAUACAUGGUCAACACGCCUGUUUCGAACGUGGUCGUGUUUGACGUGACCACUGCGCUGAUGAAGCAGUACCUAAUGAAGAGCUACGACAGCGUCCCACUGCAGCCCGGGCUUCCGAGCAUCGUGCAAAUCCAUGGAAGUGUUGCGGCGGACGGCCUCCUGUCGUUCACAUUUGAGCGACCCUUGGUAGCAACAACUCCGUACGACAUUGCAUUGGACCCGGCGGGUGUGACACAAAUGAUAUGGGGAUAUGCACUGGGCCAAUGGCCGACCAAGCAUGUAGCAUUUGGCGAUGUUCAAGUGCUCCUGGGAGCGUCCCAGAUCAACGACGAGGGCAUCACAUAUACCUCGUCCACGCCGAUGAUUGUGGUGAUCGCGUUCGGCGUGAUGGUUACGCUUGGCCUUCUUGCGGCAUACGUCAAUCCAUGGCACCGGUGGUCCCGAGUCAUCUUGAUCGCGCCAUCGAAGCGAGUGUCCAUGUUCUAUACAGACCCGUUCAAUGUGGGGGAAGCCGCCGUGGUGCUCGUAUACGUUGGGGGUGCCAUCGCCAUUUGCUGGAUCGUGCAUGUGCAAUUUAAUGACCACCCCCCGCUCCAUCAAUGGUGUUUGGCUCUCGGUCACUUGGCGUUGCAAGCGUUAGCAAGCUUGCUCUUGCCCGUCGCUCGUGGGCACCACUGGGAGCUCGCAUUUGGAACCUCGUAUGAGCGUCUGCUCAAAUUUCAUCGAUGGCUCGGUCUCUUUUGUGUCGCAACAAGCGGGGGCCAUUUGGUGCUGAACAUGGUAAACGGGGUCAACACCACAUCGUCCGCGACGUACGGCACGCUGCAGGUCGUCCCGUUGUACGGCCUCCUUGCGUUUGUCGCGUUUGCAUCGAUGACGGUGUUGGCCUGGGAGCCCAUUCGGCGCAGCAUGUACGAAGUGUUUUACUACUACCACCGCGUGGCAUCCGUUGUCGGCCUCGUCUUUAUUUUGCUCCAUUGCCCCACGGUGCAAUACACGUUGAUCUGUCCGCUCAUUGCGUAUGGCAUUUCCGCCGUUGGACGUAUCGUCGCGUUUUGGAAUCGCCACGAAGCAGUCGUGACCAUUGACGAUUCGUCGUCGGUGCUGGUCACCCUUCCGACGUCGGCGCAAACAACCAAGUGGGCGACCCAAGCUAACCCGUGCUCGUUCUUUUGGGUGAACGUGCCGUCGAUUUCGCUCCUCGAAUGGCAUCCGUUCACAGCCAUCGUCACGCGGGAUGGCAAGUCGAUUGCGUUUUGCAUGAAAUCCAUGGGGGCAGGCGGGUUCGUCGACCGCGUCGUUCGCCACGCCGCCACGACUCCUACCCUGAGCUUGCUCGUGGGCGGGCCGUACGGGAAGCCGUCUAUUCAUUUGACCCAGUACGACGUGUUGGUGCUCGUUGCAGGGGGAGUUGGCAUUACCCCCAUGCUUAACGUGAUCAAUCGACACAGACACCAGCCAGGGAGGCAGAUACUGCAUCUCUUCUGGGUCGUCCGCACAGCCAACGAUUUGCUCCUAGCUGAAGACCUAAUGUUCCCUCUCCCAUCAAACGUGCGUGCGACGUUCUACGUCAGUCAUGCGCGCACGGGCGGAGUCGUCAUUUGUCGCCGUUCUUGUGACUCGGUCACAUACGUCCCUGGCAAACCCGUGAUGGAUGAAGUUGUCAACACCACGAGAUACCUCAGUGUGAACUCGACGUCCGUGGGAGUGCUCGCGUGCGGCCCCCCCGGCCUCGUUCUGGAAGCUCAAUGGUACAGCUACCAGUGCAACUUUGACUUCCACAAAGACGGAUUCGAGUUCUAGCAUUCACCUGGACAUUGCCAAAAUGAAGAAAUCGCGCUGACAGCACUCUGCGAUGACGCCCUAGUCUGUGUAAAUCUCGCACCCCUUUGUUCGUUCGACCUCUCAGCAUCGAUUCGCUGGAUCAAAUCGGAAUGUUGUUCAUGCUUCGGGCGUCGUUUGUAUUGUAUCUCGAGAGAGUGCCCCACCGCAUGAAGGCUUGCACUUGUGGCAUUGAAUCCUCAACCUCGGCAUUGCAGUUAAAUCCAAUGAAUCUCACGCCCCCACCUGAAUC